AUGUAUAACGUCGUUUCAACUCAGGUACACGAGCUCUUGGCUACAGAUAUUACAGCACUCAGUUUCACAACUGAUAUAUGGAGCUCGGAUGUAAGCCCCACCAGCAUGCUGAGUUUAACCGCACAGUGGAUUGACAAAGAUUUUAAGCUACGAAAGGUUGUGCUUCACUCACAAGAGUUCAGGGGGUCCCAUACAGCUGCAGUUAUCUCUAAUGCAUUCAGCAAGAUGUUUGACACUUGGCAUAUAGACCGAUCUAAAGUGCAUGCGGUAGUCAGUGACAACGCAAGAAAUGUGACCAAAGCCAUGGAGGAAAGCGGUCUGAAAGGGAUACGCUGCACGGCACACACAAUUCAACUAGCAGUUCACGAUGGAUUGUUGAGUCAGCGCAGUAUAGCGGAUGUGAUAGCGAUUGGCAGAAAAAUGAUUGGUCACUUUAAGCAUUCUCCGCUUGCUUACACGCACCUACAAUCUGUCCAAGAGCAGUUCGGAAUGCCACCAAAACGUCUCCAACAAGAUGUAAGCACUAGGUGGAACAGUACAUAUUAUAUGCUGGAGAGCCUUUUUGCGCAAAAGCGAGUCCUGGCUGCAUACCUAGCAGAUCAUGAACUGCCUGCGACUUUCACAGCAUACCAUUGGGUGUUAAUAGAGAACGUGCUCUCUCUUCUGGCCCCAUUUGAGCAGAUAACAAAGGAGAUAAGCUCAUCUGAUUCAUCUGUGGCAGAUGUUAUCCCCUUACUGGCAGCACUGAAGCGUCUUCUAAACAAAGAGGCUGAAACGGACCACGGAGUGAAAACAACUAAAAGUGCACUGUUAGAGGCUGUCUCCACACGAUUUAGUCAGGUGGAGUCCGAACCCCUGUACUGCAUUGCAACUGUGCUUGAUCCUCGUUAUAAAGAUAACUAUUUUGAUGUGGGAAAAAAGCAGCGCACACGAGAAAUGAUACAAGCAGAGCUGGAGCCGCUCGGUGACGUAGACGGUCAGGGGACGCACAGCGCAGGAGAAGCGGGAAACAACACGGACAGAAAACGGGCCCGUACUACAGAUGAGCCGCACACAUCAUCGCUGUCCGACAUGUUUGAAGAGAUCCUCCAAGAAAAUAUCCCGAAUGUACUACAGAGGACCAGCUCAACCGCGCAGCAGUUAGAUUGUUAUCUCUCAGAUGUCCCCAUCCCCAGGAGCAAUAACCCUCUAGAAUAUUGGAGGAACAAUCAAAGCCGCUUUCCCGACCUGGCACAGAUGGCACGCAGGUACUUGUCUGCUCCAUCUACAAGUACUGACAGUGAGAGACUGUUUAGCGCUGCAUCUCAUAUAAUUGAUGAAAAGAGGAACCGACUUUCGUGUGAAAAAGCAGAGAAACUCCUUUUCAUCAAAAAGAACCUGCCACUUUUCCUUAAAAAAUAGGCUAAGCAGGCUUAUAUAGCCUAUUCAUGAAUUAUCUUUUAUUUGUUGUGGGUUCAUCCACUUUGUUGUACUUUUUUCAAUGCAGUACUUAAUGCAAGUUUUUUACAGUAAAUAAAUAUACAGUUACAGUCUUUAAGCAGACAGUUAUAGGCCCAUGGCUUUUCAAAAAGGGCCAUUAAAAGAUGACCAAAUAUUUUAUUUUCCUAAUUUAUUUGUAAGUUAUAUUGUGCUUAAGUUUUCUGAUUGUC